AUGGCGGAGAGUGCACUAUAUGUGGAGAUCUUCAGGCUGUCACUUCUGAACUGUCAGACGUUUCUGGUGCUCUGUCUUGCCUUUCUUUUGUCGUUCUUGUUUCUAAGACGUCCUAGGAACCUUCCUCCUUACCCUGCAGGAUGGUGGCCUGUCUUCGGGCACCUCUUCUCCUUGGGCCGAGCGCCACACCUGAAGUUUACGGAGUGGAGGCGGCAGUACGGGGACGUGUUCACGGUGAGAUUUGGGCUAAACGACGUGGUGGUUCUGAACGGCUACACGGUCGUGAAGGACGCACUCGUGAGCAGGUCCGAACUGUUCGCCUCCAGGCCGCCGAGUUACGUAUUCGACAUUAUUACUGGUGUCGGAAAAGAGUACAGGGGAAAGCCAUUCGACGUUGAGGAAGAAAUACGAACCACAAUAGCCAACGUCAUUUGUUCCAUGAUCUUCGGCAACCGUUUUGACUAUGGGGAUGAGAAGUUUAGAGAACUGGCAGAAGCCAUGAUCGUCACAUUGGUGAGCAUUACAUCUGGACAGCUGAUCAGCAUCUUCCCUUUCCUGCGAUUUGUUCCAUAUGUGAACAAGGCUUGUAACGAUGCAGUCAAGUACAACGAAAAGAUCCUAAAGUUCAUCAGGGAAGAGAUAUCUCGCCAUCGCCGUGACCUCGACCGCGAGAAUCCACGAGAUUUCCUCGAUUUCUGCCUGAUUGAAGUGGACAGACACGACAAGGUAGACAACCUGACAGAAGAGAAUGUGAUGCAUGUUGUUCAAGAACUUCUCUUUGGUGGAAUCGACACCACUACUAACACACUCCGAUGGGGGCUCAUGUACAUGAUCCUGUACCCAGAUGUCCAGAAAAAGGUUCAACUGGAGAUUGACGCAGUUGUUGGAGGCACCCUGCCCACCCUGUCCCAUCGCUCCCAGCUGCCUUACACGGAAGCUACAGUGAUGGAAGUACAGCGUCUCCGCUUCGUGGUUCCUCUUGGUUUGCCACAUGCUACCACACAACAGGUCAAAGUUGCUGGGUUCGACAUUCCGGCUGGAACUCAAGUCCUGAUGAACCUGCACUCUCUUCACGUGGACCCUGUUUACUGGCCGGAUCCGGACCGGUUUGACCCCGGCAGGUUUCUGGACACAGACGGACGCGUCAAUAGCAAGCUGGAUUCUUUCAUGCCGUUCUCAGGAGGACGCCGUGUGUGCCCCGGAGAGCAGCUCGGCAAGAUGGAGCUGUUUCUGCUGUUCUCCAGCCUGCUGCAGCACUUCACCUUCAAGCUGCCAGAGGGCGCCCCGCCUUUGUCUACUGAAGGGACAUUAGCGAUCACACUCAUGCCACACGCGUUGCUUCUGCUCGGAGACCUUACAAAGAAGGAGGUGGCGAGUGACGAUGGAGAGACUGGCCUGGCCAGCGGGAAGCGAGUCCGUCCUGAGCGAGCCAUUAACGCCGCCCCUUUAGCUGUCUACGCCAUGGCGGAGGUGGACGGAAUAAAUCCAGUUGUCUACGGCAAACUGCUCCGCACCAUGGAGACGAUCAACUCUAAAAUGUUGAAUCUGACUCGCACCUUGGAGGAGCAGACCAAGGCGAAGGGCGAGCACGGGGUGUCAGAUUACACUCUGCUGACCAAGGUCCUGGACAGGCUGUGUCUGGUUCUGUACGUCAUCAGUGUGGGCGUGUCCGUGUCAAUGACACUCUAUCUGGGCAAGUAA